AUGUCGACUACUGCUUGUUUGCCUGCAAAAUGUGUCAUUAAUAAAAAAAGCAAAGUCUCUUCUAAUAAAAGAAACUCAAGGAAUGUUUUAAAAAUAAUGUAUACUGACGAUAUAUUGAAUGUAUUAACCCAAAAUACAAAAGAUGGAUUCCAUAAGAAAUAUACAUCACUAUUUAGUAUACUAAUUGUGUAUUCAACUAAUCAACUAAUAUCAAAUAUUCACCAAUAA